GGGGGGGCCGGGCCGCGGCGAUGGCGCUCAGCUCCCGGGCUCACGCCUUCUCCGUGGAGGCGCUGGUGGGGAGAUCGGCCAAGAGGAAGCUGCCCGACGGCCGCGACGAGGAGCCCGGCGGCGGCCGCGGGCAGAGCCGCAAAGCGCCCGACGCCGGUUGGUACCGGCCCCGGGGGGGGCCCCGCGGCGGCGGCGCGCAGCGGCCCCCCCGACCGCCCCGUCUGUGUCCCGCAGAGAAGCGGCCCAAGGCGGCGGCGGCGGCGGCGGAGAGCCGGGAGGCGAGCGGCGAGGUGCAGGUGGAGCUGCAGGGCUCCGAGCUCUGGCGCAGGUUUCACGACAUCGGCACCGAGAUGAUCAUCACCAAGGCCGGCAGGCGCAUGUUCCCCUCCGUGCGGGUGCGGGUGAAGGGGCUGGAGCCGCUCAGGCAGUACUACCUCGCCAUCGACGUGGUGCCCGUGGACUCCAAAAGAUACAGGUACGUGUACCACAGCUCGCAGUGGAUGGUGGCGGGCAACACGGACCACUCGUGCAUCGCGCCGCGGCUCUACGUGCACCCGGACUCGCCGUGCUCGGGGGAGACGUGGAUGCGGCAGGUCGUCAGCUUCGACCGCGUCAAGCUCACCAACAACGAGAUGGACGACAAGGGGCACAUCAUCCUGCAGUCGAUGCACAAGUACCGGCCGCGCGUGCACGUUAUCGCCCGCGACGGCCGCCUCGACGGGGCGCCGCCGCGGGCGCUGCCGGCCGCGGGCGUGCGGAGCUUCUCCUUCGGCGAGACCGAGUUCACCACCGUGACCGCCUACCAGAACCAGCAGAUCACCAAGCUGAAAAUCGACAGAAACCCCUUCGCCAAGGGCUUCCGCGACCCCGGGCGCAACAGGGGCGUCUUGGACGGGCUCCUGGAGACGCUGCCCUGGCGGCCCCCCCUCGCCCUCGACUUCCCGGCCUUCGGCGCCGACAGCCCCGGCGGGAGCUCCAGUUCCUCGCCCGUGGCCUCCAGCGGUGGGACGCCGUCUCCUCUGAAUUCCUUGCUGCCUCCGUCUUGCUCACCUCCUGCCUUUCAUCUGUCGGCGAGCAGCAUCGGCGUGGCGUGUCCCGAGACCUACCUACACAACCUCAACGUGCCCCUCUACUACAAGAUUUGUCCUACGAGCUUUUUGAGACAACAGUCUCUCGUGUUUCCAAGCCAUGAAAAACUGGGAGGCAGCAACCCGCAUGCUUUACCCCACUUCAUGGUGGAUGUGCCAAAACUGUCUUCCCUCGGCAUAACGAAUCUGAAAACCGGUAAAACCGAAGACUUAAAUGGGCAGUGUCUACAAGUACCCAAUUCUGCUAGUCAAAUGCUGUAUGGAUUACAUGCAUCUGGAAACAUUUUCCCAUCAAGUCCCAUUGCUCGGGAAGCACUUAAUUGUUCCUUACAUCCUCCAUAUGGCUUGUACGGUUAUAACUUUUCUGUGCCAACUAGACUGACGAAUGCAGCAAGCCAUUUCAAAGUGAGUGACAGCAUCCCCGCUCCUUUCAGAGACGGCAGAUGUAAUCACUCUAACUGGCACCCGACAAUUAACCAUUGCCUCUAAUGGACCUCUAUAAUCUUGCUAAGCAUUGAUUUGUAAAGCAAGCCCUUUCUUCGUUCAUAACCAAGGGCCUGCUAAUUACUGACUGUAAAAUACUUCGGGAUUCAGGAGUGACCUUUCCAGGCAUUUAACUUUUCGUGGGCAAACUUGUCGUCUUGUUGGCAGCGCGAAGGACCUGAGACGAGCCACAGCAAAGUGAUACCUUUUGUGAACGCUUAUUUAUGUAAUGGUUGUAGGUGAAGCGCAAACUGUACAGUCACCUUUGUAAUAUUUGCACUCUGAAGUGGGAACACAGAAGUAUACGUCUCUUCAGACAUAUUUUCCUGAAAGUCUCUAUCGAGCUUUGCUCUAGCUAGCCGCAGCCCUCGCUCACAGCCUAAUAGCUCACGCUACUUGAUUUGUCCAACUGAUUUUAAAGGGACCAUUGGAGACCUCGAGUCGGCCAAGGAACCGCAUUUGGCCAAGUGCUUGAGCAUGUUCUUAAGUUUCCUGGACUUUACUGAGUCCUAAUUAAAAACAUGGAAGUGCCUGGUUGCUUCAGGACCCAGAUGACUCAGGCAUCAGAGCGGGGCUAUAAAUUCAAGUGUCUGAUGCGGAGGUAAAGAAAGAUGGGCUAAAGACAGAAAGUGGAGCCCGAUGCAAGGCUGCCCAAGAGCCCUCCUGCCCGUGCCUCCAGGAGGUAGCGCGGGGCGGCACCAGCGUUGUCGGUGUGAUGGGGACGAUGAAGGACAUGAGGUCACACCUUCGCCACGCUGCGACCCGGAUCUGCACGAGGGGACCGGGGAUACGUCUCGGAGAGCCUGCGGGAGAUGAAACACCUCCAGAAGCCCUGAAGGACCCCCCUGCACACCCGUGCAGCCUUCGCAGCCCCGGAGGGCACGGGAUUGCCACGCGGGAUCACAUCCACCAUCCCGAGCCUGAUGGACGGAGCAGGGCAGCUCCCGGACGGCACCCGGGGCUGAUCCGUCGGGGAACAUCUAUCGCUUCCUGCGGACUACAGCUCCACAGGCUCUGAUGCAGGAGAUCUUAAAUCCCUUCCAAAUGUUCUGUUAGUCUUAUUAUAACCCGUGGAUAUUCUUGUUAUUCCUGUAAAUAAUCUCUAGCUCCCAAGGGCACAAUAUAACUAGCAAUAAAUUGGGACACAGAUUUUAUUCUUUAUUUGAUCAAUGCUCAGUCCCUACCUGAAGCCAGUUUUAUUACUUGACAUAUGACAGAGAUUUGCAAAUAAUGUUCAGCUGGAACCAGCCACAUUUGGGGGUUAGGAUAAGAGAAUCCCAUAUUUACAAACAUAAAACAGCACUAUAUAGGGAAUAAUUGUAGGUUUAAGAAACGAAAUUUGUGUUGGAGCUCUGGUUUUGCUUUCGUCCAUAACAGACAGCAAAUUAAGAACAAAAAAGCAGUAUAAAAAGCUGUUAAAGUAACAGAAGUCACACUUUUAUUUUCAGGAGACUUUGCUAAAAAUCAGCCAGAGUUGAUUUCCCCAGUUUACUUGUUUUGAGCAUUCGCAGAUCCCCCGGCGAUAGCAGGAUAAGACAAUAAGCCAGGCGUUGCCUUGUUAAAUGGUCUGUACAGCUGUAAAAGUGAACAAACCUGCUUUCUCAUGUUGUUUCUUAGCAAUUUAUCAUCUCUCUAUUUUUAUUAAAAAAUGA